AUGAAUUACCAGGGAUCUUUGAGUGACUUUUCUGGGGCUCUCUCUUCUGUCUCACAGACUCCUCUCUGCUUCAACUGCUCCAUCCUCCCUGGGGACAUGUCCCCGACGACGGAUGCAGGGAGCCCAAUGCCCUGCAAUGGCAGUAGGACCUGGGGGGUCUUUGGCCCCGAGGACUUGAACCUGACUGAUGAGGAACUGAGACUCAAGUACCGGGGGCCCCAGCAGACGGAGCUGUUUGUGCCCAUCUGCGCCACGUACCUGCUGAUCUUCGUGGUGGGCGCCGUGGGCAACGGGCUGACCUGCAUGGUGAUCGUGCGCCACAAGGCCAUGCGCACACCCACCAAUUACUACCUCUUCAGCCUGGCUGUGUCGGACCUGCUGGUGCUGCUGGUGGGCCUGCCCCUGGAGCUGUACGAGAUGUGGCGCAACUACCCUUUCCUGCUGGGCGCCGGGGGCUGCUACUUCCGCACCCUGCUCUUCGAGACGGUCUGCCUGGCCUCUGUGCUCAAUGUCACUGCCCUGAGUGUGGAGCGCUACGUGGCCGUGGUGCACCCACUGCAGGCCAGAUCCACGAUGACUCGGGUCCACGUGCGCCGUGUACUCGGAGCCAUCUGGGGCCUCGCCGUGCUUUGUUCUCUGCCUAACGCCAGCCUACACGGCAUCAAGCACCUGGAGGUGCCCUGCCGGGGCACGGUGCCCCACUCGGCCAUGUGCACCUUGGUCCGCUCACGGGCCCUCUACAACCUGGUAGUGCAGAUCACCACUCUGCUCUUCUUCUGUUUGCCCAUGGCCACCAUCAGCGUGCUCUAUCUGCUCAUCGGGCUUCGGCUGCAGCGUGAGAGGUUACUGCUGCUCAGGCAGGAGGCCAGGGGCAGGGCCAAGUCCAGCGACAGCCACAGGUUUCAGCGGUCACAGGACCGGGGUCGGACACAGGUGACCAAGAUGCUGUUUGUGCUGGUCGUGGUGUUUGGAAUCUGCUGGGCCCCUUUCCACGUCGAUCGUCUCAUGUGGAGCUUUGUGUCCAGCUGGACCGAGGACGUGUACCUGGCCUUCCAGUACGUGCAUGUUGUCUCCGGCGUCUUCUUCUACCUCAGCUCGGCCGUUAACCCAGUGCUGUACAACCUCAUGUCCAGCCGCUUCAGGGAGACUUUCCAGGAAGCCCUGUGCCUGGGGGCCCAGUGCCGGUACCACAGAACCCGCCACAACUCCCACAGCCUCAGCAGGGUGACCAUGGGCAGCACCCUGUAUGACCUGGGUUCCCCGGGCGUCAGGGCCCUCCCUCUGGCUGACAGUGGUGCCCGAGAGGGGCAGCAAGAGACGGACCCCUUCUGAGCGGAGCCUUGCAGCAGCUUCAACGAGAGACCCGCGUGCCACACGCAGUCUGGGGAGCCACACUCCCCCUCUUCUGCUGGCUGUCUUCAUGGCCUGUCCUCCUUUGUGCCCCGUCCCCACUUCAGCCUAUAAACUCUGACUGGCACCUCGGUGAAUCCUACCCCCACCCAAGUUUUAGAAGGGAUGUCAGGUCGCUAUCUGCCCUCCGGAGCCCCGGGCCCACAGGCAGAGUCCUCUACAGAAACCCUGCAGCGGCCUGGUUAACCGGCAGAGCAAGCCUCCCUCUGGGCUCUGCACACCCCCCCUUGCCCACCCCCAUUUUCUGAAAUGUUUUCUUGGGGUCCCACCUUUCCUUCCCAUUUUCUGAUGAGAUUCUGCAGGUCCUGGCCCACUGUGGCCCUCUCUAGCUCUUGGCCUGUGCCUGGGGCCCCCACCGACCUGGCCCUCCGUGGCUGCCGUCAGCCAUUCUGGUCUGGAUCUCCACCUGGUGGAGAUGCUGGCUGGCGAGGGUGCCAGGGAUCCGGGGGCCUGGCUCCAAUCGCAGCCCUGCUGCCACCCUCUUGCAGCAUGGCAUCACCUUUCCAGGCGUUGGUCCCUUGUUUGCAAAAUGAAAGGGGCCCUGACAUUCUACAGAGUCACACUUUGGCCCGUUAGCUGUGGUUUUCUGUGCGUGGGCAUAAGUCACUGCUUGUAACAAAACCGAUGGAAAACCCAAGAUCGGUAAGGCAGAAAUGACUCUGUACUUCCCCUCCCCCAACUCCUACUCGCUCCCUGACCUCCAUGUGCCCCCACCCCCUGCCCUGAGGGCCACUCUGGGCAUGUUCUUUGUGUGACGCCAGCUGACGGCCCCCACGUGGGUGGGUUGGGGGGCCUGAGGGAGCAGGACCCUGGGGCCUGGCUGACCAGAGGAUUCCGGAGGUGAGAGCCAUGGGCCAACCGAGGCCAAGGAGUGACUGUGAGGACAGUUUUGCUUGGGGCUUGGUGAGGUGCGAAGAGAGGCAGGGACAAGUGUGUGAGCCCCGAAACAGCCGCAGCCCACAUGCGUGCGGGCAGUCGCCAUGCUCAGUCAAGACCCACUGAGUUGCUGGAACUUGACCUGCUACAAGUCUGCAGACCCCGUCCCUUGCCUGAGAGGAGACGGCUGCGGGUCUUCUACCGGGCAGGUGCUGGGGGCACCCAGGGUGAAGAGGACAGCGUGACACAGGUCUCUUGUCCGGGUUCUCCCUGCGAUGUGGAGACACUGGACAGGGUUGAGUAUAAUGUUCUGGACUUUUGAAGUUCAAUUGUAAACAUUUCGAAUGUUCUUUGUAGAAAUGUUAGAAAGUACAAAUGAGCAAAAAUGAAUGAAUUUUAAAUCAUUAAAUACCACCUUUGCUGGCCGUUGGGA